UAAACAGUUAUCACUGACCGACACAUUAGAGCAGUCGAAAAAUACGACAAAAGCAGCAAACGAUGGAAAGAGGUGACAGAGGCGGUCACAUUCUACUUAGCUAAGGGUAUGGUGCCAUUCAAAUCUGUUCAAAACGUGGGAUUUAAAAGACUGAUCCACACUUUAGACGCACGGUAUGAUUUGCCAAGUCGCAAAUAUUUUUCUAAUACCACCAUUCCCCAUAUGUAUAGUGAAUGCCGACAGAGGAUUGCUGCAGAACUAAAGCAUGGAGAAUUUUUUGCAACGACGAGUGACUUUUGGUCCAGUCGUACAGCUGAGCUGUACCUGAGUCUAACCAUCCAUUUUAUUGAUGAUGACUGGAAGCUAAAGAGUGCAUGUUUUCAAACAAACUACUGCCCUGAAGACCACACUGGGGAGCUAAUUGCUCACGACCUGAAGGAUGCACUAGAAUCUUGGAGCCUAAGUGAAGAACAAAUGUCCUGCAUGACAAGAGACAGUGGUACAAAUAUGGUGAAGGCCUUGCAGCUCAACAACUGGACUCGCCUGCCAUGCUUUGGCCACAGACUGCAUCUAGCCAUAGAAAAAAAUGCAAAGGAUACACGGAUUGAGCAUGCCACAUCACUAUGCAAAAAAAUUGUGAGCGCUUUCUCCUUCAGCUGGAAAAAGCAGAGAGAUCUAAUGAAGGCACAACUCGAGCUCAACCUGCCUCAGCGGAAGCUAAUAACAGAGUCUCCAACACGAUGGGGGUCCUGACUCAAGAUGGUUGAAAGAGUCCUUGAACAGGAAGCUGCCAUUUCACAAGUUUUGAAAGCUGAUAAGAAAGCAAGACACCUUGCACUAACAUGGCAGGAUAUUGAUGUUUUGGAGUCGGUAAAGAAGGCCCUCAGCCCACUCAAAGAUUUCACAGAUGCACUGUCAGGUGAGGACUACGUGAGUGUUUCUUACUUAAAGCCUGUGUUGCAUCUUCUGAAAAUGAAUAUCUUGAGUGUGGAUGCUGAGGACACUAACUUAACAAAGAAGACAAAGGAAACCAUCACCCAGUACCUCAGUGAAAAGUACAGUGACCCAACAACAGACUCCUGGACAUGGCAUCUCUUCUUGACCCAAGAUUUAAGCUGCACUACGUGAAUGAAAGCCAUGGGGAGCAGAAAAGAACUGUCAAAAGACCUGCGUAACAAGGUAAUGGAACUUUAUAAAGAUGGAAAAGGAUAUAAAAAGAUAUCCAAAGCUUUGAAAAUACCAGUCAGUACUGUUCAAUCACUUUUUAAGAAGUGGAAAAUUCAGGAUCUCUUGAUACCAAGCCAAGGUCAGGUAGACCAAGAAAGAUUUCAGCCACAACUGCCAGAAGAAUUGUUCGGGAUACAAAGAAAAACCCACAGGUGACCUCAGGAGAAAUACAGGCUGCUCUGGAAAAAGACGGUGUGGUUGUUUCAAGGAGCACAAUAUUUGUUGACUCCUCUCUAAACAUAGCGCUUAUGGUUGUGACCAUAAAGCUCUAUUUUGGUCUCGUCACUCCAAAUUACAGUGUGCCAGAAGCUGUGAGGCAUGUCAAGGUGUUGACGGGCAUAUUGUAACCGGGCUUUUUGUGGCAUUGGCUUCUU